GUAAUAGUAUUUCUAGUGGAGAAGAUAUUGCAAAUUUUAAUAAAACCCUUGCAGGCACAUAUUUUGCCAAAUUAAUUCCAGAUUGCAGAAUUAUAGAAGCUUAUGAAAUACCUAAUUAUGGAUCACAAAAAAUAUAUACAAUUUCUGAUAUUAAAAAACUUCUCAAAAACAAUAAUAUUAAUCAACCAAGUGCAGUUACUGUUGACCAAACAACUGCUCAAUCAGAAUGGAAAAUAAAUGUACCUUCAGAAAUUAGCCCUUCAACCCAGUAUUUAACAGCACCUGUAGUAAGAUCCCAACUAAAAGAAAAAAAUUUGGAUUCUUCUGGAGAUAAAUUGGUUAUUAAACAGAGAUUGGACCAAUUUACUAAUUUUGAACCAAUAGAUAUUACAUUGGUAUUAGAUGAUAAUGACUUAAAAAAUUUAUUAUAUGAAAAAUUAAUAUCGGGAUUUGCUUUAAAAAGUAAACAAAAGUUUGGAAAAAAAGGUGGUGGUAAAAGGCUUGAUUUAAAUGUAGUUGAAAAAUUGAAAGAAAUGUUCUUAGCUGGUAAUAUAGAAAAAUGUAAUAAAUUUUCUCCAGAAGAUAUGCUGAAAAAUCUCCAAAGACAUGCUGAAGAUAAUGAUAUAGAAGCUGAUACUAUUCCUUCUCUCCAACAAAUCAAAUUGUGGAUAUUUAGAUUUAAUCAACAUCAUAAAAAACAAGCAGCUAAAAAUGCUAAUAUUGACAAUUAA